AUGAUCUUUCGAAUAUGGCCCGGUGACAAGGAUCCUGAGAAAUCCCAGCAAUGGAAAGUGCUUCCAGCUCCAGGUGUCAAGUGUGUCAGUCCAGUUACAGGUUGCGAGGACUACUAUUACCCACCUUGGAAAAGGCGGUUAUUCCAGUAUUUUGUCAGUCUUCCUGUCUGUCUCUUCUGUCUCUGCGUGGUCUUCUUGACCAUGUUAAUCUGCUUUGAACUGCAGGAAUUUGUGUCAAGUGUCAAAGAAUUGCCAUGGAUAGUCACCUAUUUUCCUAAAAUCUUUUUAGCUGUUGUGAUUACAAUUCUUGACGAUGUUUACAAGAAAAUUGCCUACUGGCUAAAUGACAUGGAGAAUUACCGUUUACAGAGUGCCUACGAGAAACACCUCAUCAUUAAACUAGUUUUGUUUCAGUUUGUAAAUUCAUAUCUUAGUCUUUUCUACAUCGGAUUCUACCUCAAAGACAUGGAGCGCCUCAAAGAGAUGUUGAUAGUCUUCUCCCUGUCCAAAAGUCUUAUCCGUCAGCUAAAAGAUGCCCUUCUCCCGUACAUUGUCCUCAAAAUCUAUCUCCUCCUCAUCUUCAAACGAAACAUGGCGUCCACGGUCUUCAUUGUCUGCUCUCGAUGGCUUCAGUGCCAAAUGUUGGCUGCUCUUUUAAUAACCAGGCAGAUCAUCCUGAAUGUGAAGGAGGUUCUGCAGCCCCUGUUCUAUGCGAAAUACAAGCAGGGACACCUCACCCUCCAGGUGACAGUCAGGAUGCUGACCAACCUGUUCAGGUACUCCCCAGGACAGGCCAGGGAGGUCAGCGAGAGCACACACACAGCGGGUGAAGACAGUAUGGGACAACCGGACCCCAACCGGGGAAACGGGAACCAGGAGCAGGAACACAAGUGUGAAAACGGGGCUUGUGGGGCUCCUGAGGAGGAGGAGCAGCCGCCAAACGAUGAGGAAGGAGACAAGGAUAGUGUCCUGGACUGCGGUCUUCGCCUCUCCAAGAAAGUGAGUUUUGCCGGGAGUGGGCAGAAGGGGGUGAAGGAAGAGAGGAACUGUGAGAUGGAGGGACUCUUACAAGGGAUGUUAAUGGAGGAAGGCAGUCCGAUCCUGGUGGAGCGAGGGGCUGAGGGGGGACUGGUGUUUGAACUGUGUGAGCACGAUGCGAAGAUGGAGACUGAUGAUGGUGACGGUGGAGAGGAUGGGAAGGAGCUGAGUGUGAUGCUGAGACACCGGAGAAAGGAGAAGGACAUGGUGCAGGGAGAGAACAGUGAGCCUCCCAGCAAUAGGCUCUCCUGGAUGGACCCACCGGAUGAUUACGAUGAUGCUCCUUUGACCCAAGGAGAAAUUGAGAGCUGUAUGCAAAAGUAUGAGGACACUUUCCAGGAUUACCAGGAGAUGUUUAUCCAGUUUGGGUACGUGGUGCUGUUCUCAUCUGCAUUCCCCCUCGCUGCCAUGUGCGCCCUCAUCAAUAACGUCAUCGAGAUCCGCAGUGACGCCUUCAAAUUGUGCACCGGCUCCCAGAGGCCGUUUGGCCAGAGGGUGUACAGUAUUGGGCAGUGGCAGUUGUUGCAGCACUUCGCGUUCCUUCUCAAGUACGUGCUGCAAAUCGCAAUCCCGGACGUUCCCGCCUGGGUGGCUGAGGAAAUGGCGAAGCUGGAAUAUCAACGGAGGGAGGCCUUUAAGAAACAUGAGCAGCAAGCCCAGCAACACUACCAGCAACUACAGAAGAGGAGGCAGCGAGAGGAGGAAGAGAAACACCGGCAGGAGCACAAGGAGAAUGUACAGUCCCGGAAGGACAGGGAGGCAGGCAAGGAAGAGGCCAAGUCCACUUCCUCAUCCUCGGAGCAGGCUCACAGCCGAGCUCACAGUAAAUCCAAGGCAGCUUCGUCCUGUCCCGCUCCAGAGAAACCCAAGCGGCCCAGCUCCCUCCUGGCCUCCAACAAUGUGCUCAAGCUGAAGCAGAUCAUCCCCCUCCAGGGCAAGUUCCUGUCGGGCAGUGGGACUGGCAACACCGUCCCCGGGAAGACCCCCCAGUCGCCCACUGGCAGCGAGAGCAAACUGCCAGGCUUCCUGAGCUUCAAGUUUUUGAAGUCCCCAGCGGAGAACAAGAAGGAAGCAGCCGCCGAGAGGGAGAAGGUUCAGUCUCCCACCAAACCCUUCAACCCCGGCAAGCUGUUCAACUUUGGCAAGUCUGACACCGCAGGGUCUGGAGGCAACGGAGCCAUCACCACUACCCAGCCCAAACCUGGGGCAGCCGGCGGGGGCAAUGUCCCCUCAUCUGAGGGUGGUGAGAAAGCCACCAGCAAGUCCGACCUCAAUGGGCUCCCUGAGGCAGCCAACCCUGAGGACCCCAGCAGCUCACAGCCAUCCGAGGAGUCCAGCAGCCCCAAACAUUAA